UGUGAGAAUAUCAUUCCGCAUUCUAUUGGUAGCACUCACGUAAGUUACUUCAAUACCUCCGUGGGGUUAUACAUAUGUCUACAGGCUAUAACAUGUAAUUUAAGCAAUCACCGUGCAACAUAUGUACGGCCGAGGUUGCAUGGGUUCUACACGCAUGUUCGUUGAAAGAAACACGCUAUUCUCAAGAGCUAGUAAAAUAAUAACAAGCGGCAAUGAAUUUCGAUCGCCCCUACGCCGACUGCGAAUUAGUAAUUUAAAUCUCGACGCCGUCGGCGCGCGAAGGAGAAUACAGCAACUCUGACCUGAUCGCUUAUUUAUUUUUUCGACAUUUUCAAAUCAUUGAUGCUCCUUAAUUGGCUUAUACGUCGAUUUCUUCUACCGACGGUCAUUUCGGUUCCGAGUCAUGAGACAAGCAGAGCUCGGAAAUGAGAAAACGCGUGGGACCGGAGGAAGCGAUUUUGUUCACGAAACUCAGUGUCGCUUUAACGUGUUCCUGGCCGGUCUCGAUUUCAUCGGCUAAACACCGACUCCGAUUAUUCAACGCGCUAUGGUGCGCAGCUUUUCUCAGCUCGACGGCGUUACUUUUCCCAUUAGUGGCCGCGGUUUACGAAUAUCGCAAGGAUCCCAUCAUUCUUGGAAAGACGGUGAGCCUGGCUUCGGCCGUAGCGCAGGUAUCAAUCAAAAUGCUGAUCUGUCGUUCGCAGCAGAAGCAAUUUCAGAUUCUAUUACACGAUAUGGAGAAAUUUUGCAAGAAUGCAACGACGGAGGAAAGAAUCGUUCUGCAACGUUACGUGGAUAAAUAUAAGUAUCCCCAUUGCGUGUAUGUACUAUGGUGCUUCCUGACCGCCGCUUUUGUUAUAAGCGGCCCACUAUACUUACCGCAAACGUUCCCCACGCACGCGAUAUAUCCGUUUCCGGUGGAGCAACAGCCGCUGAAAGGAUUCGUUUUCCUACAUCAAUCGUUAGUCGGUUUCCAAGUUUCCUCAGGUAUGGCCAUCGAUAUCCAAGUCGCGCUUCUUUUGCGAUACGCCGCGGCCAGAUUCGAGAUCCUUGGAAUUCAGUUGCGUGAAGCGAAGACUGACGAAGAGGUCAACGCCUGCGUAGAAAGACACGAUGAGAUUUUAAGUUAUAUGAGGAGAAUUCAUCGGUCUAUCAGUUUCUUGGUUUUAUCGACCGUCGCGACGACUAGCGUAGCCGUGAUAUUUGGCAGCUUGAAUUUAAUCGCGAAUCAGCCAUUGCUUUUGAAAGCCCUAUAUGCGAUCGUAGUGUUCAGUGCCAGUCUGGAACUCUUCAUGUACGCUUGGCCGACGGAUCAACUGAUGGGCAUGAGCAAUAAAAUUGCCGACGACGCAUACGACAUGAGCUGGCAUGAGAACGACGUGAAAAUACAGAUGAAAAUACUGAACAUCAUUCAGAGGGCUCAGAAAAUGGAAUCUGUGCAUAUCAGUGGUAUCCUACCUACAUUGUCGCUAACUUAUUACGCGCAGUAUCUGUACAAAUCGGUUUCCUAUUUCACUGCGUUACGUAUUAUGGUCGAGUCAGCUCCGGAUUGAAUUAUUCUUAUUAUUAUUAUUAUCAUUAGAUAAAUAAAAAAUUAUGUUUAAGUACAUCGAUAUA